AUGAAUAUGAUGAUCGUGGUGUUAUUGCUGCAUUCGGCAGCAUUUGCAGGGCUGUAUAAAAUAAAACGUAUAUACAAGGGCAUUGAUGACAGUGAAGGAAAGUACCCCUACGUAGUCGCUCUGGUCGACGCGUACCGGCACUGCACCGGCACGCUCAUAUCCCCCAACUGGGUGCUGACCGCUGCACACUGCUUGUUUUCAGCCACUCAAGUACAGUUCGGUAACAUGUCUCUACACCCAAGUAAGGCCAAGACGAGGUUGAUAUUAAACUCGGUGGUUCCGCCGUCGCGCAGGUUUUCCACAAACGAUAUCGGCUUGUUGCGAGUCCGUACAAUUUCUAUGAAGGAGUUCGCACCGCUGUCGGCGGUGGACUACAAAGCCAUGGUGGGCCAUUCCGUGCAUUACGCGGGCUUCGGUAUCACGCACUUAAAGGGAGGUAAGGAUAACAGGACAUCGACUGAUGACGAUGCUCGGCCGCUGCAAGUGGGUGACGGUGUGAUCACGCAGUGUGAGUUCGAUGGUAUGCUGUAUACGUUGGGGCCGUUUGUCUGCGUCUCACCAAGGUGCAGCAACAAGAGGCAGGACACGCUGCCGGGCGACUCGGGAGGGCCGCUGUUCCUGGACGGCAAGGUGGUGGCCGUGCUGCACGGGGGCCCCGCCGCCGCGCUCGCCGUGUCCUACUACACGCCCGUCAGCCCCUAUCUCCAAUGGAUCUAUGACGUCAUGAAUACUAAUAGAACGCAUCUCUCCGACAUCGAAGCACUUUUGAUGUUGCUGAACAAGCGAAUAGUAGAGGAGAAAUUGCAAAUGCAUACAGUAGUUAAUGGUUGGGUUAAGAACCCUAGAUUUAUUUCGACACUAGAAAGAAUAAGAAAUAAUUUGAAAUCUAGAACAAUUUUAGCAUAA